AUGCGCCUCCUCGCGAUUAUUACCCUCCCCCUUCAACCAACCCACCCGUUGCCGACCGUCCCGUCCUCCAGCUUCCCCAGAUUCUGUGGCUCUCCACAGCUAUCUAAGCCGGGGCUUUGGUGGGAAUCCUCCACGGACGACAUCAUGCGAUGGCUGGAACGCUCGCGGUGGACGACCAGCCCUUACUAUGCACUGGUGAUCGUCGUCAUCGCGUGUGGGAGUAUCCCUAAAGGUUAUGACGAGGGAGGAUAUAGUGCGAGCGUCAAUCUCGCAUCUUUCAUGAUCGACUUUAACCUCAUCAAAUCACACUGGAAGAACGAUCCUACGGGGUUGACCAAUCGAAUUGCGAACAUUACCUCCUUCAACGUAUUGGGUGCAGCAUUCGGUGCGCUAGCAGGAUUAGAUCUCAAUGAUCGCCUUGGUCGCCUCAUCUCCUGGCGACUGGCCUGCCUCGUGUGGGCGAUUGGGACUUUCAUCCAGAUUUUCUCGUCGGGAAUCUAUGGCUUGCUACUCUUUGCCCGCAUUUUCGCUGGACUCGGUGCUGGCCUGCUGACGGUCACCUCGCCGUUAUAUCUAUCGGAAGUGGCGCCUCGGUCUACGCGAGGUCUGGCAGUCGGCAUGUAUAUGGUGAUUCUGCUGGCAGUGCUCGCCAUGGGCUUCUUUAUUAAUUAUGGCGCCAAUCUCCACAUGGCCGCCACGCGAACCCAAUAUCGGCUAGUCCAGGCCAUACCACUGGUCCCUGUCGGUAUCGCCUUUGGCCUGUCAUUCCUCUGCCCCGAGACCCCUCGGUACCUGGUAUCGCAGCAGCGCCAUCAAGAAGGAAAGGAGGUACUUGCCCUUCUGCGAGGCAAAUCAAUCGACGAUGAGAGCGUCGAGGCGGAGUUUGAGGAAAUCGACCGACAGGCGGAUGAGCGGGCAAACCUGAAGUCUGUCUCUCACUGGCAAGCGUUCAAGGAAUCUCAGUUGAAUUCUAACUACCGCCAGCGCUUCUGGUUACUGAUGACUAUGCAAACCGUCGCUCAGUGGACCGGUGGCAAUGGAAUAACAUACUACGUGCCUAGCAUCUUCAAGUACGCUGGUGUCAGUGGCUCGAGCCAGUCGCUGAUUUCCUCGGGCGCCUAUGGAAUCGUCAAGCUCGUUUUCACUAUGGCAUUUACCUGGGGUCUGAUCGAUCUCUUCGGUCGCCGACGCUGCGCUUUGACUGGUCUUGCCCUGCAGCUGGCAGCGCACAUUUAUAUGGGCGUUUAUAUGGGACUACAGCCUGGCUCCGCAAGCAACAAGUCUGCCUCGGAUGCGGCCAUUGCAUCCGUUUUUGUGUAUGCCGUCGGCUGGUCGAUCGGUCUCUGCACUAUUCCCUACCUUUACGGCACGGAGAUCUUCCCGACGCGGAUCCGCAAUGUGAGCUAUGCCAUCAGCAUGGGUCUCCACUGGUUUUUCCAGUUUGCCGUUGUGCGUGUUACGCCGAACAUGUUCGCUUCCCUCAAUGUGUGGGGCGCUUAUCUGUUCUGGGCGAUCAUCUGCACGUUGGGCCUGAUUAUUCUUGGCAUUUGGAUGCCGGAGACGGCCCAGGUCCCGAUUGAGCGGAUGGAUGAGCUAUUUGCUGGGCCAUGGUACCUCCGCUGGCGCGCUCACCCCAGCUAUUUUGAUGACUCAUCGGAGACGAGGGAGGCAAUUACCUCUCCUGUCCAGGAUGGAAAGACGAUCGAGCCGAAUAUCUUCAGGUCCCGUUGA